AUGAAGGGUAACCACCGGCACCCGCCCGCGGCGCCGUCGAAUGCGGCUCCCCUGUCACCCACCUCCAAGGCGACGGCAAAGUACACCAACAAGGACGGCUCCAAAUACAUAACAGUUCCAAAGGCCACCACACCGGUAGACUCGUCCCAGCCCUCCCCGACCAUGGCUCCUGCCACGAGCACGAGAGCUGCGCCACCGAGUGCUACGCCAGGACCGAGCUCUCAGGAACCCCCCCAGCCCGUCAACCGGAAGAAGCAGAAGCGACGCGAGAAGGCGGCCGCCAAAGCCGCCGCAGAGCAGGGUGUGCAGACGGAGCCUUCGAACGGUUUGCCCAGCCCGCCUGCGUCCCACGAGCAGCACUCUGUAGACGCCGACCCCGGCGAUAGCGGCGACGAGGACGAGCGCUCUCCUAGCGGUCACGCUCGGCAGCAUCACAGCUCUCACCAGAAUGGGUUCGCGCAAGGGACGUCAACGAAAGUGAAAAAGGCCAAGAAGAGAAAGGGCAAGGACGGCGCCGGAGCAACCGCUGGUGAGGCUGCAAAUAACAUCCACCAAAACACACAGUCCGCCCAGGCCCGUGCGCCAAUCCCGCCUCCUGCUUCACCCACCCAACAUCGCCAUAAUCACCACCGCCCUGGUAUUUCGAGAGAGAAGAUAUGGAACACAAGCUCACAAGAAGAGCGGGAGCGGAUCAAGGAGUUCUGGCUCGGGCUGAGCGAGAGCGAGCGCAAGUCCCUCGUUAAGGUCGAGAAGGAUGCCGUCUUGAAGAAGAUGAAGGAGCAGCAGAAGCACACGUGCAGCUGUACCGUGUGUGGGAGGAAGCGGACCGCCAUCGAGGAAGAGCUCGAGGGCCUCUACGAUGCCUACUACGAAGAACUGGAGCAGUACGCAAACCACCCCAACCAGGGCGAAGGUCCUCCAAUGCUGCGUCCUCGCCAGUCGUUUGGCUCUAUGGGCGGCGUGCGCCCCCGUGGCCUCCCUGCAAGCUACUCCAACCACCAGCCCUCGCGGGGCCGGAUAGUAGAGCACGUGGGGGACGAGGAAGAAGAGGAAGGCGAAGAGGAGGAGUACAGCGAGGACGAACUAGAAGAAGACGACGAGUAUAGUGACGAGGAGCCUUCCGACGAGCUGCACCGCCCUGGCCCCGACUACGCCAACGAUUUCUUCAACUUCGGAAAUAGCCUGACUGUGCAGGGUAGGGACCGAUUCCCCAUUUUCUCAUCGUUUCUGCGUGUUUACCCCUCCUCGCGGACAGGCUAUAACGCUUAUGGCUCAUCCUUUCUAGGCGGAAUCCUCACUGUGGCCGACGACCUGCUGAAGAAUGACGGCAAGAAGUUCAUCGAAAUGAUGGAGCAGCUGGCGGAGAGGCGAAUGGCGCGCGAGGAAGACGCAAGGGAGCAGUAUGAGCGCAGCUAUGACCACGCCAACGGUGACCACUACGGGCACAGCCACCCCCCACCCGAGGAGGAAGAGUUUGAGGACGACGAGGACGAGUAUGAGGAAGAGGAGGAAGAGGAGUACGACAGCCAGGAGGAAGAGGAUACGAUGACGGAAGAGCAGCGGAUGGAGGAAGGCAGGAGGAUGUUCCAGAUCUUCGCCGCGAGAAUGUUUGAGCAGCGGGUGCUUACCGCCUACCGCGAAAAAGUGGCAAAGGAGCGUCAGGCCAAGCUUCUCGAGGAGAUCGAGGACGAGAACCGCCAAGAGUCUCAACGCAAAGCCAAAAAGGCUAAGGAAGCCCAAAAGCGGAAAGACAAGGCGGCCAAGAAGAAGGAGGCCCUGGCUGAGGAGAAAGCUCGCAAGGAGGCCGAGAAAGCGGCCGAAGAGGAGGCACGAGUUGCCGAGGAGGAACGCCGGGCCGAAGAACAACGGCUCAAGAUCGAGGAGAAGCGGAAGAAGAGGGAGGCGCAGAAGAAGGCCGAAGAGGAAGAGCGUUUGCGCAAAGAAGCCGAGCGCCAACGCCGCGUACAAGAGCGAGAAUUGCAGGAACGCAAAGUUCGCGAAGCUAAGGAGCGCGAGAAGAAGUCACGCGAGGAGGCUCGCCUAAAGGAGAAAGAAGCCCGCGACCAAAAGGAGCGCGAGGUUCGGGAAAGAAGGGAGCAGCAAGAGCGAGACAAGCAGGAGAAGGAUGCUCGUGCCCGGGCCGGCCGUGAAGAGAGGGCUGCGCAGAAAGCUGCAGCUCUCGCAACCGCCGUCCCAGUGCUCCUUACUCUUCCAAAGCGAACCGCACCUCCUCCGGUGCCCGCAGCCGUGCCAGCGUUGCCACAGCAGCCUUCGGCGUCGUUCGCCUCCCCGCAGAUUUCCGUUGCAACGCCGGCGCUCCCCAAGGCCCCGACGCCGAUGCGCGCGCGGCAGGCGUCCCAGCAAGAAGGUGCUACAGCGUCCUCGGGAUCAGCCUCCCAGACGGGAUCAGUACCGAGCCAAAACCCGUCUCCACACCCCAUAACGCCUGUUCAUGUCAGUCCCGGUCCCAUAGGCCCGCCCAGCAAGUUGGUAGGGACGACAAGCAACACGCAGGGCACAUCGCACCCGUCUCCGCACCCGGCGUCGCCGCUGGGUACAGCAGCCAAGACACUGCCGCCGCAACACAGUCCGUUCGGCAUUCCGCCAAUGGGCACGCCGUUUCCACAAGUGAUGCCCCAGAUACCGCCAGGGUUUGGAAACCACAUCCACCGCGAGCCUCCGUUCUCAUCCAUGUCUGGCUACCGGCCCGCGCCGCCAGUCAUGAUGCCAAUGCCGCCCGGACUAGGCGGACAACUCGGGACCCGGGGCUACUCAAUGCAUCCUCCUCCUGGUUUCCCUGGGCCCUUGGAUUCGCCCAUGGCGACCAUGGCCCAAGUGUUUGGUCCAUCUAUUUCCAAGGAAUCCCCUAUGACGUCCCACUCACGCCACGGGUCAGCGAGCUUUGAGCAAAGCACCCCAAUCACCACGCAGCAGCCCAUCGGACGUCCGGCGCCUAUUGGGAGGCCGUCAAGUGUUGUGCACGGCCAACGGCCGCCAAGUGGAUCGCCCCGCACCGAGGUACCAAAGCUCGACUUAGACGCUCAUCUCGGCAGCAGCGCGCUGCUAGAUGGCUUCGACGAGCCACUCCAUGAUUUCUCCAGCCGACCCUUACGGGGUCAAAUGGCCUCGUCAGCCCCGGGGUCCCGACCAGGAGCUGCUUUCCCGGUGUCUCCCUUUGGUGUCGACCCCAUAUUUUCAUCGCACCACAGCCCGUGGGCGCCGGCGGCCGUGCCGCAGCCGCACCUCUUCGGGCCACCUCCACCGCCAGGUUUCGGUCCCGUACCUUGGGGCCCGCCUGCGCCGAUUAACUCUACAUUCGGCGGGCAUGGGAUAAUAAACCAGCCCACAGUGUCACGAUCGGUUGCCAUCCGCAAGAUGCUCAGCCGCGCGUGCCGUGAGCUUGCCGACCCAGACAGCAUCAAUGUGGAACGGAGUACCGAAGUCAACGACGGCUUUAUCUCACUCGAGGAUAUCAGGGCACAGCUCGAGUUGUUCAAUACAGGACCUCCUGUUGGCGAAACAGAACUCCUCGAUAUAUGUGAAACAGAGGGCAACGAAGUCAACGGCGGGGGCAGCUUCGACGUGCGUGACGGCGGAUCGGGUAAAAUCUCUAUUCGCUUUGUCUCGAGUUCCGGGCGGUCUAACUCGCAACCCCUCCACCGGGCAGUCGGGGCGCCCGGCGAGAUUGGCAGUCCCAUUGUCGGAGCAGGCUCGUUUGGCCACAGCAACCGUUAG